AUGGCGGAAAGCGGCGGCGGCGGUGGUGGUUGUUGUCCGCCGAUGGAUCUGAUGCGUUCAGAGCCGAUGCAGCUUGUUCAGCUCAUUGUUCCCAUGGAAUCUGCUCAUCUCACCGUCUCUUACCUCGGAGAUCUCGGCCUCGUCCAAUUCAAAGACCUUAACUCGGAGAAGAGUCCGUUUCAACGUACUUAUGCAGCUCAGAUCAAAAGAUGUGGAGAGAUGGCGAGGAAGAUUCGUUUCUUCAAGGAUCAAAUGUCAAAAGCUGGGGUUUUACCCACGGAGAUGUUAGGGAAAGAGAAUGACAUUGACUUGGAUGAUGUUGAGGUAUAUAAUGAAGAUACCUGUGUUUUCAUUUUCAUGGAUAUGUUUGUUAAUAUAUUCUUUCUGGCUUUUCAGGAAAAGCUUGAAGAGCUAGAAGCUGAACUUGUUGAAAUCAAUGCUAACAAUGACAAGUUGCAGCGAUCCUACAAUGAACUUAUGGAGUACAAGUUGGUUCUUGAGAAGGCUGGUGAGUUCUUUUCUUCUGCUCAUAGAAAUGCCACGGCUCAACACAGAGAGACAGAAUCACAACAAGCGGCUGAUGAUCUGCUGGAGUCUCCUUUGUUGCAGGAAGAGAAGUCCAGUGAUCCGUCAAAGCAAGUAAAGCUUGGAUUUCUCACCGGAUUAGUGCCUCGUGAAAAGUCAAUGGUGUUUGAGAGGAUUCUAUUCCGUGCUACUAGGGGCAACGUCUAUAUUCGACAGACUGUCGUUGAGGAGCCGGUCAUUGAUCCCAACUCUGGGGAGAAGGCUGAAAAAAAUGUUUUUGUUGUCUUCUAUUCCGGGGAAAGAGCAAAAAGCAAAAUUCUUAAAAUAUGUGAAGCUUUUGGGGCCAAUCGCUAUCCUUUCAGCGAGGACCUGGGAAAACAAGCUCAAAUGAUAACUGAGGUUACAGGCCGUUUAACUGAGCUUAAAACCACCAUAGAUGCUGGGUUAGGUCACCGUAACAUUUUGUUGCAUACAAUUGGAGAUAAAUAUGAGCUAUGGUGCCUCAAGGUUCGCAAAGAGAAAGCUAUCUACCAUACUUUGAACAUGCUUAGUCUUGAUGUGACUAAGAAGUGCCUUGUGGCCGAGGGAUGGAGUCCUGUCUUUGCAUCAAAUGAAAUUCAAGAUGCAUUAAAGCGUGCUGCUGUUGACUCCAAUUCGCAAGUUGGAUCAAUAUUUCAGGUUCUGAGGACCAAAGAGUUGCCACCAACUUAUUUCCGCACAAACAAAUUUACUUCUGCAAUCCAGGAAAUUGUUGAUGCAUAUGGUGUUGCCAAGUAUCAGGAAGCUAAUCCGGCUGUAUUCACAAUCGUCACCUUCCCCUUCCUUUUCGCUGUUAUGUUUGGUGAUUGGGGGCAUGGAAUAUGCUUGCUGCUUGCAACUAUGUACCUGAUAGUGCGUGAAAAGAAACUUGCCAGCCAGAAACUUGGGGAUAUUAUGGAAAUGGCUUUUGGUGGUCGUUAUGUCAUUAUGAUGAUGUCACUCUUCUCAAUAUACACUGGUUUAAUCUACAACGAGUUCUUCUCUAUUCCAUACCCAUUAUUUGCUCCCUCAGCCUAUGAUUGCCGUGAUGCCUCAUGCAGCGAGGCUACAACAAUUGGUUUGAUCAAGACCCGGGACACUUAUCCAUUUGGUUUAGAUCCUGUCUGGCAUGGUACCCGCAGUGAGCUGCCGUUCCAGUUCAUUCCGCAGAUGAUAUUUUUGAACAGCUUGUUUGGGUACCUCUCGGUCCUCAUCAUCAUAAAGUGGUGCACUGGUUCUCAAGCAGAUUUGUAUCAUGUUAUGAUAUACAUGUUCCUGAGCCCAACCGAUGAGUUGGGAGAGAAUCAGCUUUUCCCUCACCAGAAAACAGUUCAGCUUGUGCUUCUCUUUCUGGCUCUAGUCUCUGUUCCAUGUAUGUUGUUUCCAAAGCCGUUCAUCUUGAAGAAACAACACGAAGCUAGGCAUCAAGGUCAGUCCUACGCACCACUUGAGGAGACAGACGAGGGUCUUCAUUCAGAGGCAAAUGGAGGAUCACAUGGGCACGAGGAGUUUGAAUUCAGCGAGAUAUUUGUGCAUCAACUGAUUCACACCAUAGAGUUUGUGCUUGGAGCUGUUUCCAACACUGCUUCUUACCUUCGUCUAUGGGCUCUCAGUCUUGCACACUCAGAGCUAUCAUCAGUCUUCUUUGAGAAGGUCCUCCUUCUCGCUUGGGGGUACAACAAUGUGUUGAUCCUGAUCGUUGGGGGCAUCGUGUUCGUAUUCGCGACGGUGGGAGUGCUGCUGGUGAUGGAGACACUGAGUGCGUUCCUUCACGCACUGCGUCUCCACUGGGUUGAAUUUCAGAACAAAUUCUACGAAGGAGAUGGUUACAAGUUCGCUCCUUUCUCGUUCAUUCUCACCGCAAGCGAAGACGAGUGA